CUUCAUCUCCUCUUCCUCUUCACAAUAAAUUCGCAAGAGCUGCGCGCUCCUUUCGCGCUGCACAAAACAUAGUUCAAACUGGCAUUAAAUCAAAUUUUAAUUAGCAGUUAUACGUGUGCAUUUGAAUCGGUUAACCAUGUUGUCAAUGUGUAUUGUGAAGGCAAAACUGUCGCGUUCGCGAUUAGUUAAUAAAUGUGUGAAAAUUAAGAAAACUCCAGUGAUAAGUGGCUUUCAGUCAUUUAGUGGUACCACAAAAUUGAUUCAGUGCCCUACAUGCCAAAUAGAGGUACCCCUCUAUAUUAGACGGAAACGCGCUAAAGGCAAACGUCGAUAAAAGUGCAGAACAAAACGGAACACUGAACAUGUUUGUAAACAGCUGUAUCUGAAAACGCCGGCAGAGGGCGCGCGCGUGCAUCCCUCGCUUGUUGGCAUUGCCAACUGCAAGUAAACGCCAUAUUUGAUUCUGCCUCGUCGCUUUGGUGUUUGUUAAAGAAAGCGAAUUUUCAUACAAUCUCGAGCAUAAUUUAAUGCUGAGACAUAUUUUAACAGAAAUUAAAAAAGAAAGAGAAAUGAUUUGAUAGAUAAUUGUGGGUGCAAGUGUGUUUGUGUUUAAUAUUGCAAGUUGUAAGGCGUAACAGCAGCAACGAUUGGCCAAGGCCCAAAAAGCACUUGCCAUGGAGCAAUACAUAGUACCGAUUGAAGAUACACAGCCCGUUUAUUCGGAUCUGCAAGUGGUGCAAGUGCCGCACGAUGAAGUUGGCUCUCUUGUGCUGCAGGACGAUCAGCAAUUGGUGUUCAACGAUCAGCAGCAGGUUGUUUAUCAAACCGCUGCCCCCGCACAGUAUCAGCAACCACAACAGAAUUAUAUCAUUGGUGCCGAGCUGCAGCAGCAACAACAUCCACAGCAGCAGCAGCAGGAAGUGCAACAGCAGCAACAACAACAACAGCAGCAGGUGGUUAUGCAUCAUCAGCAUCAGCAGGUUCACUAUCAGCAGCAACAAGAAGCCCAACAGCAGCAACAAUUGCAUCUAGAGCAGCAACAGCAGCAGCAACAAUAUGUACAACAGCAACAGCCCGCCAUUCAACACACUCAACAAAUCUACUAUACAUCGGAUCAGGUGUUGCAGCCCAAUACAAUUGUGCAACAUGCCUCGAUGCAACAACUGCAGCAGCAGCAAAAGAAGCAACAGCAACAAGUACUGCAACAGCAGCAACAAUACCAACAACAGCAACAACACCCCGCCUAUCAGCAACAGAGCACAGCAUUGGUGCAAACCAGUCCACAGCAGCAGCAACAGCUGCUACAAAGUCCACAGCAUCAGCAACAAACGUUGCAGCUGCAAGCAUCGCCCGCUCAACAGCAACAGCAGCAACCACAACCACACCAACAGAUUGUCUACCGCAUGACGACAACACAACAGCAGCAACGCCAGAUAAGCCAGAUGCUAAACAACACGCAUGUGAUAGUGCAACAGCCGACGGGACAGCAGGUGUUGAUACAGGCGCCACAGCACCAGGAGCUGAUAAUGCGCCAGGCGACGGCCAUUCCACAGCAGGGAAUCAACAUUCACUCGUACAACAAUCGUGUGGUGUACACCACCUCACCGCAACAGCAGCAGCAACAACAGCACGUGCUGCAACAUGUGCAACAACAACAACAGCAGCAGCAACAACAACAGCAACAGCAGCAACUUCAGUUGCAGGCACAAACCGCACAUCUUGUGCACACACGUGUGGUGCCACAGCAAACGGGCAACGUUGUCUAUCAGCAAGUUCAGAUGCAAAAGAGUCCAAUGCAACAGCAGCAGCAGCAACAACAACAGCAGCAGCAGCAGCAACAACCACAGGUGGUGCAGCAACCGCAACUGGUGUCAACUGCAACGCAGAUGGUGCGUGCACCAUUCCGUGGUAAAUCCCCUCGAGGGGGAGCUGUCAUCGCCAGACAUCCGACUGGCACUGUGAUUGCAACACGUCCGGCGUUAACGCCCACCAUAAUGCGACCCGCAAGGCCAAGGGGAGGAGGUGGUGGCCUGCAGACCGUUACCGGGGGAAUUGUGAGGAGCGUGCGUCCACAGGGAGUGAGGCCCGCUCGGACUCAGCUCGUGGUGCAGGCAAGUCCUGGCGGCGAGGGUCCAACGAUGCAGAUUGUGACCCAGUCACAGAUGACGAAACAGAUAACCAUAACGCAUCUGGGGCAACCCGGAACUGUGACGGCGCCUGGCCAGCAGAUGCCGCCGCGUCACGUCUAUCGGCAUCUGGUCAGCGAUGCCUCUGGCAAUCCUCAGCAGCAGCAGCCGCAGCAGCAACACCAACAGAUGGUCGUGAUGCGUCAACCAUUGCGGUAUCGUUCAGUGGCAGCACCUGCGCCCACAGUGGCUGCACCUGCUCCUAGCAACAGCAGUAGCAGCGGCAGCAGCAGCAGCAUGGGAUUGGAUCUGGAGGAGCGCAUACAGGCAGCGGUGGUGAAGAAGGAGCAGCAGCAGAAGCCGCCUGCCAAUCUGGCCAUGCAACUGCCCACGGCAGGCAACACCACGUUGACCACCUACUAUCAGCCGGGAUCAGCUGCCAACAGCAGCAGCGAGGAGGAGCAACAGCAGCAGACACAUCAGCAACAACAGCAGCAGCAACAACAACAGCCAGGAGUGCGCACCGCAAGCGGCAACAGCAUGACGCUGGCAGAGUUCAAGAAGCGUCAGACACUAGCAACUUCACCAGCUCCAGCUGCCACGCCCACUGCCGGAUUGACGCCCAUGCGUCAGCCCACGCCUGGCACGCUGGUGCGUCCAGUGCCCAAGCUGUCGCAGGCGGUGCCACAACAGCAGCAACAUCCACAGACGCUGCCACAGCAGCAACAGCCGCAGCAGCAACAACAACCCAAUGCUGGCGCUGCGCGCAUCCCGCAGCCUCAACAACAACAGCGACAGCAACAACAACAGCAACAUGUUGCUGCUGCCGCGCCCCCGCAACAAUCAUCGGUGCAACAGACGUCGCACAACAACUACGAGAUUCACUCGCAGCAUGUGCUCAACAAUCGCGCUGGACAACCUAUUGCAGAUCGGGAUCGCAACAGCGCCAAGAUGUUGGUCAUCCUCGCCUCCGGGGAGCAGCGUCUGAUCACGUUCACACUGCCCAGGGAAUCGUGUACGGUGCAGGAUCUGUUGGAGCAGGUGUGUGUGCCCUUUGACAACACGACGACCAUUCAAUGUGUGGAGCAUCGCGGUGCUAAUGUGGAUUUCGUGGUCACCGUUGGCUUCUCCGUCAACGAAUCCGCCAGCGAGCUUAUCUCCCGCGCCGAGGAGAGUCUCCAGAUGAAUCGGCAGCAGGAGAAUGCAGCUGCAGCAGCGGCGGCGGCAGCAACAGCUGCUGCAGCAACAACAACAACUCCCGCAUACACUCAACAGCAGCAACAACAACAGCAGCAGGCAACAAAUGCUGCUGCAGCUGCAGCGGAUCAGGUGAAACGAGAUGCGGCAACGGGAAUCGCAGCUGCUCCGGGUGCAGCUGCUGCAGCGGAGGGACCCAAGUUGAUCGAUGGCUACUACGCCGUCUGUCAGUCGUGUGGCUUCACUGGCGUCGAUCAUGCCAAGUGCGAGCGCUGCAGACGCGUCUUCCAGGAGCCGCCCAAGCGGAUGUCCUAUGUAACCAAGUCGAAUGCUACGGCUGCUUCCAUUGCCGCUGCCUCCGGAGUCUCUUCCGUAGCCUCUUCCUGCGAGACAUCGGUGAAAACCAUCGAGAAGAAACGGGAAAUAGCGCGCCCCAACAAACAGCUGGGCACAGGAGGAGCAUCCUCCUUCGGACCCGGCACCAGCAACUUGCGGGGCAGGGGCAUGGCCAUGAGAGGCGGGCGAACGAGAAGCGGACGCCGUGUUGCCGAGGUGGAUCCUGUGGUGCUGCUGAGCAGCGAGGAUGAGGCGGAACAGGAUGAGGCGAAUGCCGAUGGCAACUUUGCCGCCAACAAUGCCAAACACAAUUCCAAUGGCACUGUGCAUCAACUGCCCGCCGCCUUUGCCUGUGAACCAUUGCUGCCCGAGGUGGACGAGGAGGCGCUAUACAAAGAUUUUGUGCGUGGAGAUGUUACAGAUCAGUCUGAUACAGCCGAAGGCGAAGCAUUCACCACCGAACUCACCUGCAAGUGUCUGCGUCUGAUGCCCUAUCGGUUCCACCUAACUGAACCGAUCAGUCUCACCUCCAAGGGUCUGCGAAUAUCGGGCACAAUUCCCGAAAAGGAUGAGAAAUUCGUGCUGCACAUUUACAAACGUGAGGUUAUUAAAGUUAUUGCACACUUUGCCAGCUCGGAGCAGGCACAGCCUCUGGUCACACUCUACAUGCUGAAGACCUGCGCUCAGUAUGUGAAGACGCAGCUGCAGCUGCCCGAUGAUCCCCCCAAUGAACAAUUUGCCGUCAAGUGGCAGGGAAGUUUACACGAGCGUCGCCUUAUUCUGGUCUUCGAUACGAUCAGCAUUCCGGCACGGGAAACUAUCAAGUCCAUGUUUAGCUUUGUGGAUGAGAUUUCGGCUAGUGAUGCAGCGGAGAUCUUUGAUCGCAUUGCUGACUCGGAUCGCAAGGUGCUGGACAAGCCGACACAGUUGCCGCCACGACAGCUGCGUCCGGAUGAGCAAGUCAGUCUGUUGAUGUAUCCGCCCAAGGGCACGGGCGGUCUGUGCAUCCGAAUGGAGGAUUAUGUCUGCCUGACGAAGGAGUCGUAUUUAAAUGAUAUCAUCAUUGACUUUUAUUUGCUCUGGCUGCGCAACACGCUCAUUCCGGAGGCGCAACGCGAACGAACGCACAUCUUCAGCACGUUCUUCUACAAACGCCUGACGACACUGACGCGUCCGGCGGAUAUGAAGCAGACGGCGGCACAAAAGCGACACGCCCGCGUCCAGAAAUGGACAAAGCUGGUGGACAUCUUUGACAAGGAUUUCAUCAUAGUGCCGAUUAAUGAGCAGUCCCACUGGUUCCUAGCCAUCAUUUGUUUCCCCUGCCUCAAGGGACCCGUUACCUAUGAUACCAAUCAACCCGUAGAGCCGCAGCAGCUGAAACGACCGCGUGGCAAGAAGGUAUCACUUCAGAUUGGAAACACAACCAUCACGCCGCUGUCGAAACGGGAGACAGUCACUCUGCCGACGAUGCCCAGCGAAAUCUGUCGCAUUGCCGACGACGAGAGCGAACGGGAUGAGGCCGAGGGAGACGAGAGUGACAUGGCCUCUGAGGACAGCGAAAACUCGAAUCAAGCGCUCAGCAAGGAUGCCACAUCCGCGACAGCAACGCCUUCGCCGGCGCCAACACCUCAGUCAUCUACUGGACCCGCCCGAGUCACCAAUGAUGAUGUGCCGGCUGUGAAGCAGCCCCUAAUCCUCAUCUUUGACUCUCUGGCGGGCGCAUCGCGGAGUCGUGUGGUGGCAACGUUGCGGGACUAUCUGACGUGCGAGUAUAAGAUUAAGAAGCCGGAUGCGCAGGCGCACAUAUUCAAUAAGGACAACAUGCCGGGACAUUGCGUCAAGGUGCCACAACAGAACAACUUUACCGAUUGCGGGCUGUAUCUGUUGCAGUAUGUAGAGCAGUUCUUCAAAGAGCCCAUCAAGGAUUACAGACUGCCCAUCAAGCAAUUAACGAAUUGGUUCGACUUCCUAACUGUGACCAAGAAGCGUGAGGACAUUGCACAGCUGAUCCAACAGCUAAUGGACGAAAGCAAUGCACAUCAGACACGCCUCAUUCUGCCAGUCAUUGAAUUCCCCACACUCAAUGGCCAACUCGUAGAGUAUCCCGAGGAGACGGAGAGUGCCGAGUUUGAGGAGGAGGAGGGACACGAAGAUGAAGAUCAUACAAGUGAUGCGCAUGACGACAGUGCCAACACCGAGAUGGAAGUGGAUCCCCCGGCGGAGGAGUUGCAGUCACAGGCAGCAGCAGCAGCAAAGACGCCAACAACAGUGACUACAAAUUCCACAAACACCAACGCCAAUGUGAUGACGGGUACCACAGGACGUCGUUUUGUUCUAAAGCGACGUCUCCAAAACGGUGCUGCCUCCGGACCAGCCAACAAUGCAGCGGAGAGCAACAACAAUGGCAAUGGCAACGGCAAUCAGCUCGUUCCACAAUUGAUAAGCUCGCCCGCCCUAAGCAACAACAACAACAGUGCGUCUGGCGGUACCCUUGUAUCGAACCGAGUGACCGGCGUUGGAAGCGGCAGUCUCAAAAUACGAAAGAUCGAGCCGUAGCAGAUGGGGACAGAUCCAGUUGCAGAAAUCCCUCCGCUGCAGCUGUUACAGCUGUUGCGUCCAUUGUAAAUAAUGCAGAUGAUAUAUAUUUUAAAUUUAAUAUGCGCCCCUCAACACACACCAUUCAUAAAUUAAAUUAAGUUUAAAAACACUCGUCAAAUAUAAAGAAACUAUAUUAAAA